AUUGGACGCUGCUCAGAUUAGCAAUGAAUCUGGGAAAUGUCGUUUUACGGUGAAGUCAACAAGCGCUGCUUCUGUUGGAGCAGUCUUUCAAGUGAGAUUCCGAGUUUGAUAGCUGCAUGACCUGGGACUUGGUUAACAUUUAUCGUUUCGUAAAUUCGACGAUUGUAGUUCAGCGACUUGAAACAACCUCAUGAAAGAUACGAAUAGGCCCACUUUAUGAUGCGCUGGUGAUAUCCGUCAAUCCUUUCUCUUCGACUGUCUUCCUGUUGCACCGCGGUGAACGCAGAUUUCCUAGUUUAUCGGAAUGGGGCAACAUGAACGACGUCGGUCAUAGACAACUAUACCUGGUUAUUGCUGCAGAAAGGCGAACCUUGGACAUUUGACAAGUAUGUAGCCUAUGAUCCACAAAGAUGAAACAUAGAGCUUCCCUCAGGUGGGCUGUCUGUCUGCAUUCGCCCCAAUGACGGACGAAGGGAGCCGCACAAAUACCGCACACCCCGCAGAGGGAUCGCCCCCUCGAGUGCUAAAAUGUUAAGAUCGGAAACAGGGUGUGUGUGUCCUGUCUGAGAGUGUCAGACUCACACCUCAGGGGGCCUGAUAGGAGCUCCAUGAAACCAAGGGAGAAUUUUGUCAUUCGAAAUCAGUGUUAAGAAAGUUUUUUUUCCCCCGCUGACCUUUUCGACUGCAGUUAAAAAGAAAACACAAAAAACAACUCCAACUCAACAGGGUUCUAUGAUGGAGUGGUCAUUGGAGAGGGUUAGGGAGAUGGUGGCUGGUGGAAUGCAGUCCAUGAGGGAGUGUGAGUCCAGUGCCUUUGGCACAGCUAUGUGUCUGCUGUUGCUCUUCGUAUGGUAUUGUUAUAGGGUGGGCCGUGAGCACAGCUCCAGCCCUCUGCGUGGGGGCUACAGCACAGAGCCCAGUCGGGUGGGAGGGGCCGCGGGGGGCUUACUGAGCCCAGAGGGCGGUGGCAGGGGAAAGGGGAGGCAGGUGUCCGGCGUGGAGGAGCAGAAUGGCUUCGCCUACUGCCAGUCCACAGAGUGUUUCCGUUGCUCGUACACUGGGGAGGGUCUGAACCAGAGGCUGUACCACAGCUUGCAGGAUUACGCCAAGCGCUACACCUGGUCCGGGAUGGGGAGGGUGCACAAAGGGGUGCGGGACCAGGGCCGCUACCUCACCAGCCGGCCCACCAUCCAGAGACCAGAAGUGUUUUUCCUCCCAGACCUGCCCUCUGCACCUUUCUUCUCCCGGGACGCACAGAAACACGAUGUAGAGCUGCUGGAGCGCAGCUUCCCCGCCCUGCUGGCUGAGUUUGAGAACAUCUACCAGCACCCCCCUGCCAGGGCGGGCUCUGCCCUCCCUCCGGGCUGGAAAACCAACACCACCCCUCAUGGACAGUGGUGGACCUUCUACCUGGUGAACCAGGGCACUCCACUGGCCCUCAACGCCCGGAGGUGCCCCCGCGCCUGGCGAGUGCUCGGUCAGCUGCGCACCUUCAUCGCUAACAACGUGUUUGGGAACGCCUGCUUCUCUGUGCUCACCCCCGGGGCUCUGAUCGCGGAGCAUUACGGCCCGACCAAUGUCAGAGUGCGCUGCCACCUAGGUCUCAAAGUGCCCCCUGCUUGUGAGCUGGUGGUUGGGGGCGAACCACAGUGCUGGUCUGAGGGCAGCUGUCUGCUGUUUGACGACUCGUUCCUGCACAGGGCCUUCCAUGAGGGUGAGGGAGUCCUGAGGAUGGUCCCAGAGUUGUCUUUAUGGUGGACCUGUGGCAUCCUAAUGUGGCUGCUGCUGAGAGACAGGCUUUGGACUACAUUUUCACUCCAGGACGCUGAGAAGAGAGGAGAAGAGGAGUGAGUGAGUGAGUGAGUGAAUGAGUGAGUGAGUGAAAAAAACAUCUGAGACAGAGAGUAAUUGUGUGAAAACAGCAGAGAGCAAGUUGUGUGAAUUGAACAGUGGGAAUGGGAAACAGCUUUAGUUUCUCUACCUGUACCCAAGCUCACUGUGUAUAUAUGCUCAGUUGUCUUCUAACCUUACUUCUCCCUGUAUCCUCUCUUAGCAGCUAACGACUUUGACUAACUAAUGUCAAAUGUUGCAUAAAUGUUUACAAACACAAUCCUUAAUGCGUGAUUAUCCCUGCCCAUGUGUGAUAAGUGUACUGUGUCCUCCUUUUAAAAUCAAUACAGCUUUCACAAAACAUGGUUGGAUAAGCACAUUUUAGGUCAAAUGAUUUGCUCAAGGCAUCCUGUGCAGUUGCUGCACUGGAGAAAUGUUUGUUACUCGUUAAAUUUACUAAUUGAGAAAUAGUUGUAAUAUGGUUGGAUUUGAUAUCAACUUUGUAUUUCUGUAAAUAGGGUUGAUGUACUAAGAACCACAAGGGUUUAAAAUGGCAUUUCAUUUAUCUUUAACUGCUUUUACAGUAUAGUACUUUUUUCUUUAUUCACCAGAAAGUGGGAAUUAGUUAAUAUUUCAAAUCAGUUGAUGUUCUAAUUGUUAAUUCACGUGGUGUUACUAUUGUUUAGUGACAUUUAACAUAAUUGAUCGUUAAAAUCAUACCAACAGUAUUGUGUAAUUAUUCCUUCAUAGAUUAUCAUUGUGCUGAUUUUAAACAAUAUAUUUAAUAAAUGGCCGAUUUUCGUUUUAAAUUCA